AUGGAACGUAGUAUUUCAAGUUAUAAUUUCGACUUAUGCAUUACAUUCAAAUUAGAUUCAAAAACAGAACGCGUAAUGAAUAUUUUAAUGAAAGAAAAAUUUUCUUUACCAAGCGAUGAGAAACUUCCAAUAGAAGUGAAUCUAGAAUCAACAGAUCAGUCUGUAUUACAAAGUUCUGAAGUCCAUUUGAAGACUUUUCGUGAAUUUCGACCCGUAAGAAUAAAAAUCGAACUUUCAACAGGCCAACGCGGUUAUUAUGAACUACCUGUUGGUGUCAUCACUCCUAUGAAUCCUCUCUCUCAUUUAUUCUCAAUAAUUACUUCAAUAUUUUUAGAUUGUUAUAAUUUCAUCACAACAUCACCAUUUUCAGAGGAAAACGUCAAAAUCAUUCUCGACAAAUACAUGCCAAUGCUUGGAGCUAACCAGGCCUUCUUUUUGGACAAAUACGAAAAUCUUUUCUUAUGUCACACAAUAAACAACGAGCCACUCAUCAAUAUCGACUUAUUACGAUCAGUACUACACAAAAACAGUAAUUCCAUGUUCUUUGAAACAAACGAAAUCGAAGGAAUUAAAUCAAUUUUUAGAACUUCGACAAAUUCAACAGAUACGCAAUUACAUAUCGUAUUUUGCUUUAGUAAUCCUCUUAUGGAGCAUUUCUCACAAGUAGGACUUCCAAUUGUCGCUCUUUGUACUACAUUUGUUUAUCAACUCUCUCUUUUGCAUAGAACGUCUCAGAAAUACACAAGUCUCAUCGAUAUGCUGACAAAGUCGAAGGUUUUCUCUAUCUACAAGUACUACAAGCUCGAGGGACGUCUUGAGAAAAAUUCUCCAGAUUUCGCAGAAAUUUUAACUCAACAAGAAGCUCGAGAAAUCGCAAGUACAUCAAAACCAGGCGAACUAAACAUCUGGCAUGGCAAGAACAAGGUCGCUUACACGUUUACUUCAAAUGAUGGCGCAACCAUCAACAUUUUGGCAGAAAAUACCGAACCAAUAAAUCGCCAGAUCACUGAUGUAAGCGCUGGCUUAAACGCAACUUACGCUUUCUCCGGACAAUUAAAUUAUGCAAAACUAGAUCUCAGCGAAACACCAAAAUUAUUCGAUGGCGAGGAGUUUCUCAAGAAGUACGGUUUAUCCUCUGACAAACCAUUCAUAGAACAUGUCCACAUAAACGAUCGCGAAAAAUUACUUGCAAUUGGAAAGGAAAUGCCAGCCCACAAUGGCUCAGAUUUCAUUGCCAAUAGCGUACAAUCCAUUAUGGACCUUAAUGGCUCAGAACAGCGCUACUUUAUACCUGAAACUUUAUUAAGUAGUUCAAUUGACCCAGAAAGGUCCAAGAAUUUCAUGUUCGAGUACAAACCGGACAAUUGUUCGAUCCGGCUUAUUGAUUCCCAUGGUUUCGCCCAUUGGUUCAUUGUUUACGGAAAUCAUGAUAUUGGAUUUAUUUUUGAUGCAGGAGAUUUCCUUUCCACGUUGAUUCCUCCCAUUCCUCUUCGUGCUCUCUCCAAUCCUCCUUCGACUGUCACCAUCUGGGGCGUUGUUAUCGAGACAGACCAAGUUGUUUCUGUUUUCGAAAUGCCGACAAUUUGGGACGCGCUGAGUAUUGACAAAGACACUCCUUUCUCUUAUUUCCCUAAGUUCUUUAGAGAUCCAUCACCCGAAAUUGAACAAAGAAUACAAGAUGUAAGAGAUGGAGUUAUAUCAUCGUAUUCAGCAGUUGUUCAAAUACUAAGACCAGGAUCAAUAUUGAGAAAAGGAAGAUUGUCUGUUGCUAAAUACGGUUCUUCUUUGAUUUGCGCUUUCUUUGAUUUGGAAGAAUACAGAGAAACAUAUCAAAGAGUUCACGAACAAUGCCAAUUAAAGUCUUUCCUCAUCAAAGUUGGUCAAGUCGCUGUUUGGAGAUUCAAUGAUUCUUACGACAAAACUGCACAAAACAAACUAAUUAUUGGCGAAUCAAAACUGUUGACAUUGAACUGGGGAUUCGUUGAUAACGAGCUGGAUGAUGAAAACACGAAGAUUAUGUUCACAACACGCAUGAGAAAUGCAAUGGAUUUGGGCCACGCGUUCGAAAUCGAUUUGCAAAUACAAGAUGGAAGGUAUUUCGCAUUUAGAGGAAGAACUACUGCUCCUCACGUUGUAACUGGUUUGCUGGUGGAUGUGACAAAGGUAUACAGUUCGCCAUGCAAUAGAUUGGUCAAUGGAAAGACUGAUGUCGAAGAAACUGUAAAAGCAAUUUCGGAAAUUAAACAGAUCUUCGAAAAAGUUGAUAGAUCUAAGCUGUCUAAUGAACAGAUUAGUAAUGUUGAUGAGGUAAUACAUGCUGCUCGUGACUUGGAAGAAGCUUGCAGAGGAUUGAAAUGA